GCUCACAGUCCCGUGGGCUCGCGCGCGAGGCCACGGCUUUUGCGGCAUGCUCGCGACCACCUUCGGAGCCCACCGGCAUCGCUGAAUUUUUGUACAAUCCGAGAAAGACCCCGGGGAGAGCAGCCGGCGCCACUGACAGCACACGCACCUGCUCGGAGCAAUCGGCGAGGGCCGGCGUCAUGGAGGACCCGCAGGGCGGUGUCCGCGCUCCCCGGUCGCACACGUCGGCCGACUCGGCGGCGCGGGAGAGCAGCUACGGCUCGGCGCGCACCGGCGAGUCUGACGCCCGCCGCGAGGCCUGGGCCCGCCACCCGUACUACAGCAGCCAGGAGGAACAGCAACAGCAGCAGCACCAGCAGUACGCAGCCCCACCGCUGGCCGAGGAGAAGUCCUCGCGCUCGAAGCGCGGCUCCCGCAAGGGCCACCACCGCAGCAGCAAGUCGAGCAAGCACGGCUCCUCGGCCAUCUCCGCCAGCGGCGGAUCGGGUGAGGUGGGCGUCGGCAGCGGCCUGAUCCCGACCGACAAGCAGCAGCUGCAGAUGCAGAUCGAACAGAACCGCGACGCCCUGAUGCGCCAGAAGGAGCUGCUGAAGAAGCAGGAGGCCGCGCGCGCCUACCGAGCCAUGCGGGAGAACACCGCCGCCGCGCCGUCACUGGCCGCGCUGCUGAUGGUGUGCAUCUGGAUAUCCCUCGUGUCCGGCUUCUCCAUCCUGGCAUUCGGCUGGAUCUUCAACGUCUUCGUACAGGCCACGCCCUUCUUCUACGUCUCGCUCGGCACCGGUUCCAGCCUCGUCCUGCUCGGCUCUUUCCUCGCUGCGUUCCGCAGCAAGACGCCGUCAUCCGUCGCGUUCGGCGCCUGACAGCCGGCGCUCGGUUUGUGCCGAGACCCCUGAACACGGGAGCGGCACGGUCGUGAGAGAGAGAGAAGGGAGCGAGGGGUCUUUUGUCCCCCAUCGCUGCUGGGCAACGAUGAUGUGGGCUCGCUUGCGAAGAGGCGAGUGAUGCCGUCUGCAUCAGAGCAGCUGGCAUGACAUCCGCCGUCUGCUCGGAUUGCUUGAAAGUUUGUCCCCGGAGGUAAACAGAAAAUAAAGUGGUUCCCCCAAGCU